AUGGUACCAGCUCCCCUGCUGUACCCCCUUGUCGUGUCCCCUAAGUGCUGUUUCCAGCUGGUGACUGCCUUGUACCUCAUGGGGCUGACCAAUGGCAUGGGACAGACCAUCAGCAUGUCCACCCUGUCCUUCUGCAGCUCCAGUGUCAUCAACCUCUUCUUCUGUGACAUUUCCCCUCUCAUCUCACUCUCCACCUCUGACACCAAACUCAGCCACAUCAUCCUGACCACUGCAGCAUCUCUCUUUGGUGUGUCCAGCAUCCUGAUUAUCCUGCUCUCCUACGUGGCCAUCAUCCCCACCAUCCUGAGCAUCAAUUCAGCCGAGGGCAAGCGCAAAGCCUUCUCCACCUGUACCUCCCUCCUCACCACUGUCAGCAUCUUCUAUGGGGCAUCCUUUUUUAUGUAUUUAUUCCCCAGCUCAGACAGCUCAAGAGCAGCAGAUAAAUGGGCUGUGGUGCUCUACACUGUGGUGACUCCCAUGCUGAACCCCUUGAUCUACAGCCUGAGGAAUAAAGAGGUGAAGGAGGCAUUAAAAAGGCUCACAAAAAUAUAA